AAAAUGAACUAUUAAUAAAACUCUCUCACAUGCCAAAAUAAUCAUCAACCCAUUUCCCAAUCUAAUCCAAUAAUGUUUCCAGCAGUUCUAAUAAAAUCAAUUAUCAAAUUGAAGAGAAAGGGCGUCACUGGCAAAACUAAAACAAAUUCACACCCAGAAACAGAGGGAAAUUCCAAAAUAGGUUCUGAAAACGUCCAGUCCCAUGGCAACAAAGAAAAAUACGACGUUGAAAUUGAGUGGACGCCUCAAUUACAAGACAGUCUCAUGGUUCGGGGGUUGGAGAACGACAUUCUGGCCAUGAACGAGAUUUUCGAGCGGCUUGAAAUCAACAACGACAAUCGAUUAAAGGUGGUCGGUAUCGUCGGGGAACGUGGCGUCGGCAAAACAAGACUCUGCCAAGAGUAUUUCAAUGUUUUGGGAACGCCAGACGUUAAAUGCGAAAAGUUAUUCGUUCCAAGGAUUUGGGUCUCAGUCAGGGGCGUUGAGUGUGGCCCGGACUCAACUCCGGUUAUCAAAAACGACGAACAACCUAAGGAAACGACAAUGAAGAAAAUGUUGGAGAGUGUUGGAGUUGAUAUCGAUACAUACAACUUGAUAUCAACUAAUAAUUCUGAGGAAUUACUAAAAGGGCUUCUCUAUCUUCUUCGACUCCAACUAAUAGGAAAGAGGUAUCUAAUUGUUCUCGACGAUCUAACGUCAUUUCCUGUUAAGGACGCUUGUGAUCUUGUGUCUGAAUUGCCACAAGGUUACAAAGGAACCAUAAUGGUGACUAGUAGGGAAGAGAACAUAGUGAAGGAGAUGGCUAAGCUUAAAGAGCAAUACCUUCACCGUCUUCUGCCGUUAUCGGACCCUCAAAGCUUGUGGAUGAUAUUUAAAGACGCCGUUACGGAGGACGUUAAAAAAUGGUAUGGUGGAGUAACAACAGAGGAGUUCGAUUGGGAAAAGGUAGUUGAAAAAGACCUUAAAAAGAAAUGUUACGAUGAGAUAAUAUUAAGUGGUAAAAAUAUUGAUGUGAAGAAAGUGAUAGAAAAGACGCUUAUAAGUAGGUGUAAUGGGAUUCCUUUGGCCGCGAAAUUGAUGGCUGAUACUAUGAGUCAGAACAUUAAGACACUCAACGCUGAGAAGAAGAAAUAUGACCAGGUCUACUCAAAAUCCAUUAAUGACAGCCAAAAAAAUGAUGAGGAAAAAUCUACCAAACAUUGAGCAUGCAACUGCAAGUAGUUGUUAAUUGUUGUUACUAAAUAAUAAAUUAAUAUAUAUCAAUUUAU